GAGCAGGAGAAGAAACUGACCCCCAAAAAAUCUGCAAGGGUAGAAAUAGGACACCGGCUCCUCUUUUGCCAACUCUGAGCCUGGGCUCUUUUCUCAAACGACUCCGUCUUUGCUUUGCACAUUAACAUCAAAUAUCAAGCGCUUGAAACAAUACAUCUGGCCUUUAACACGUGGAUUUCGUGCAGCAACAGUCCCUCAGAUUCCCCCAAAACAGCAAACCGGCUUGUUUUUUUACAUAAAGAAAACCGAACAGACACUUGGGACCCGUUUUUCUGUGGCGCUUUCUGUGCAGUACUCAUUGGGAAUAGCGUGUUUUCGUCUUAUCUCAAGUUUUGGAUUUCAGACUGAUGUAAGGACUGCGUCAACAUCCGCAAAACUCCUCUUCUUCUUCUUUGUGUGCAUCCUUCCCUCAGGAUCUCAGCAAAGGCUCUUUUUUCAGUGGAUAAUGUGAAUGGCCGUCUGCUUUGUUGAGGAUUGAUGUUUUUGCAAUAAGAAACCAUGGCACGUUUAGUAGUAAAAAUGUGUCUUUGCGCACUUUUCUUUGGACUUUUGUUGUUCACGCUUCCAUCUGCAAGAGCCGAAGAUGAUGUGGAGGAGGAGAGAUCAUGUCAGGGAGCCUUUGACUUGUAUUUUGUCCUUGACAAGUCAGGAAGUGUCAAACACCACUGGCAUGAAAUCUACAAUUUUGUUGAACAUUUGGCUGAGAAAUUCACCAGCCCUAUGCUGCGGAUGUCCUUCAUCGUGUUCUCAACCGGCGGAAACACAAUCAUGAGGCUCACGGAAAACAGGGAGAACAUAAGAAAAGGCCUGAAUGCUCUGAGACGAGAGAUCCCAGGUGGAGAUACAUUUAUGCAUCUUGGUCUAGAAAAGGCAAAUGAGCAAAUACACCGAGAAAACUUUGGAACUGCAAGUGUCAUAAUUGCAUUGACAGACGGUGAGCUUCAAGAACAUCAGCUGAUAGCAGCUCAACAAGAGGCGGCACGAGCUCGGGCAUUGGGUGCAAUCGUGUAUUGUGUUGGAGUUAAGGACUUCAAUGAAACACAGCUGGCUACCAUAGCAGACACCAGUAAGCACGUGUUUCCCGUCUUGGGAGGAUUCCAGGCGCUGAGAGGAAUGAUUGACUCGAUCAUCAAAAAAUCUUGCAUCGAGAUAUUGGCAGCGGAGCCAUCCAGCGUAUGUGCAGGAGAGUCAUUUCAAGUGGUGGUGAGAGGGAAUGGAUUUCGACACGCCAGAAACAUAGACCAGGUCCUGUGCAGCUUCAAAAUCAACGACACGGUCACGCUCAACGAGAAGCCUGCGAGCGUUGAGGACACGUUCCUGCUGUGCCCCGCGCCUGUUAUAAAUGAAGUCGGAAAGGUGGUGUACCUGCAAGUCAGCAUGAACGAGGGUCUGUCGUUUAUCACCAGCUCCGUUCACAUAACCACAACUGAGUGUUUUGACGGCACCAUCCUCCUGAUCACGCUGCUGGUGCUCUUUCUGUUGUUAGGUCUGUUGUUCAUGUGGUGGUUCUGGCCGCUUUGCUGCACCGUAGUGAUCAAGGAACCUCCACCUCCUCCUCCUCCAGAGCCUGAGUCAGAUGAUGAGGAUGGGAUGCCAAAGAAGAAAUGGCCCACAGUGGACGCGUCGUAUUACGGCGGUCGAGGAGUUGGAGGAAUUAAACGAAUGGAGGUUCGCUGGGGAGGGAAGGGCUCUACUGAGGAGGGAGCAAAGCUGGAAAAACCCAAAAACGCUGUCAUAAAGAUGCCCGAGCAGGAGUUCGAACCCUUUGAACCCAAGCCCAAAAAAGCAAACAGGAAGCCAGUUCAAGACAGGAAGUGGUAUUCUCCCAUUAGGGGUAAAAUCGAUGCGAUCCUGGCUCUUUUCCGACGUGGAUAUGAUCAAGUUUCACUUAUGAGGCCACAACCGGGAGAUCAUGGUCGAUGUAUUAACUUUACACGAGUCAAAGAGGAGGCGGCAGCGGCGGCGGCGGCAGCCAAAGCUCCUCCUCGAGCUCAAAGCCCACCUCCACCUCCACCAGACUACCAGGCCGAUCCCAGCCCCGUCACCUCCCCUCCAAACAGCCCGCCUCCGAGAGGACCGCCACUGCCCCAGCCUCCGCCGGGACCCCCGCCCGCCCGCGUCCCGCCAGGACCGCCCUGUCCCCCUCCGUCACGCGCCCCCCCGAGCCUCGCCGGCAGACCAUGAGAAAAAGAUCCAGCGUCCACCUCCAGUGCAAUUCAUCCUUACAGCCAAAUAAAUGCUCCUCUCACCAAAAAAUGCACGCGGUAUUUAUCAGUCAGGUUCGAUUAGGAUGUGGUGUGUAGUUUGUUGCUGGACAGCAAAAAAAAAAAAAAAAAAGUAAGAAAAGCAAAAAGAAUUAACUGUCGUGACAAAAAUUCAACUACUGAGUUUUCCAUACGCAGAUUAAGAGAGACCGUUUUCAGCUUUCUGCUCUUUUUUUAUUGAGGCUGGACAGAUUAUUCCCUUUGCGUUCAUGUACAGAGUAUUUUAAAGCACAUAUGAAUCCUAUGAGCUUCUGAUAUCAUGCCAAAAUGUCCAAAGUAACCAGUAUUAGAUGCUAUGUUAUAUUGUUAGUGCCUCUCUAAUAUUUAGAUUUUUGUUUAUUCAGUGUUGAGUUGCCGAUUUUACAACAGUUGUUGAGUUGCAGGUUCUCUCAGGUGAGUCUCUGAUCCUGUUCAAAGGGGAAUAUCAUCGCACGUCAAAAUGUCAGAUGAACGCAAGUGAUGAAUGCGUAGAGGCAGGGUCGGAUGGUUUCUUUUACUGUAGAUUCAGGAUUAAUGUCUUCGUAUGUCACAAGUUCCUUCGUUUAGGUACGGCUGAUGUGCAGGGUUCGUCUCAAAUCACGCGGUUGCUGGAAUUCUGACAGAUUCUCGAAGGUGCAAAAGUGGGAUUCAAGAAUGGGUUCGAUUUUAUUCCAGAUCUUUAUCUGCACUGAGAAAAAAUAAUGGGAACCUAAAAAUCGACAUUUAAUGGUUUUGUUCAAAUCAUAGAAUAGAAUUUAGCAUUACUGAAUCAACCUAAAUACAUGCAUCUAUAUCAACACAACUCAUUGUUAUGGGUUAAAUCUGGUAAAAAUGGCCCUUUAAGGUAACAAUUGCAGGUUACCGCAUUUUACAGUGUGGGUGAAUGUCAUGAAAACAUGUCCAGGUCACAUUUCACAAUGAAAUUAAAAGAAAAAAAAGAAACAAUAAAAAGAAAUGUAGAUUUUUUUUUCCAUUAUGGCAUUAUUUUCAAGUCAAUUACGCGCAUUUAAACCCCAAAUUCUCAUUACUGUCAUGCAUCAAGAUUAGUUUUUUUUUAUUAUUAUUAUUUAAUUACCAUUAUUCUCAAUUAUUUUUAUUAAAUUAUCAGUAUUGUAAUACACUUCUCAAAAUUGCAUCAUUACGAUGUUUUAUUAUCAGCGUUUCGUAAUAAUUCAAGUUUCGUUAUUGUGUGGGAUUUUGGAUGUUUUUUUUGUUUUUUGUUUUUUUUUUGAGUUUAUACUGUACUUUUGUCCAACACCUAAAAAUGAUUCAGGUGUAUGAGACAUUCUAUGUAAUAAAUCAAGAAAUAUGUAUGCAAAUGUUUUUGACACUGAAUAAACAAUAAAAAAAGAUAACUGCAUAUAUUUAUCUCAAAAUUCAGACUCUGGAAAAAUUGUCAGACCUGUGCAAUUUCAAGUUUGCAUCACGAAAUUCUGACUUUUUUUGUCCCUCAGAAUUCAGAAUUUUUUCCCUUUUUUUUUUUUUUUUUUUUUUUUGCUUCCACCACGGAAUUAAAAAAAUUAUAAAAAAUUGUGACUUUUCAUCUUACAGUUCUGAUUUUUCUUUUCAGGAUUGCAAGUUUAUAUCUUGCCAUUCUGACUUUAUAUUUUUCCAUUCUGACUGCAAAGACACAAUUGUGAGAUAUGAAUUCAGAAUUGUAAGAUAAAAAGUUGCAAUUGCCUUUUUUAUUUUUUUAUCUUGUGGCAGAAACAAGCUUCCAUAAAUGUAUAAUACAAUAUUAAUAUCUGCAUAUAUUAAAGUAAGUACAACAAAUAUUAUCAUGAUGUAUAAAUACUAAAUAGAAUUUUAAAAAGAUAUAAAUUUGAUUUUUUUUUUUUUUUGCAUUAUGGUAAUGAGAAUCAAGAGGGUGUCCUAAAUGCAAUUUUAUUUUUUUUAAUGAUCCAGGCAUGAUCUUGACGGGUUUCAUGAAAUCAAGUUUGAUUUUUGUAAAGGUUGAACCUCUAAAUGCGAAGUCAGGUCAGUUCUCGUCAUCUUUUCUGUAUUCCACAGCUGUACUGUACGUAUGUCGAUAUUGCGUUUCAUCAUCAAACAUAUUGCAACUGCAGGGCAGUUCACAGCAUUUAAUUUAUUAUCCCCACACCUAAAGGAAGGUACUUGAAUAUGACAAGGUGUCCUCUGUUACAAACAGGACACUGUGCAUGAAACCAAAAAAAAAAAAAUAUUAAAAUAAAAAAAUCACUUAGCCUCAGAUAACAGCCAGUGCCUUCUAUGUGUUUGUUUUGUUUUGUUUUUAAUUACUUUUUUAUACGUCAUUCAAGUAAGAUACAGUAGCUCUGUUUAUACUUCUGUUGUAAUAAAAAGAUUGGUGCAUGAAUUUUGUUUUCACAUUCUCCCCAUUUUGCCAUGAAAGUGAACUAGUGCUCAGCUGUGAACAAGCAAAAACUUUAACUUCUCCCAGUUAUUAAAAUGAGAUAUAAUCUGGACCAAACCGAAGCUAUUGAAGGCAACAGCUGCAGUGUGAUGCAAUAGUUUUGUGCUUUUGUUUUGUCUUAUUUGUUGUGGCAAUCAUUUGAAACAUUGUGAUCUGUACUAUUCCACACACAAAGUUGAUACCAGAAUUAUAAUUCACAGUUAUAUUGUGUUAUGAUGUAGUAAGUGUAUUAACAACAAUACUGAAGCAUCUAUUGAAAGGCUCAUAAAGUUUUCUUUUUCACAGUAUUAUUAAAGGUCAACUUUCAAGCUUUCA